AUGUCGGCUCGCGGUACCUGCGGCCUCGAGCCCAAGGCUCAAGUCCUGCUGGGCAGGCGAAGUUUCACCAACCACACCGUAACAUUUUUAUUCCUGCGGGCGACCCCCAUGCAGAAGCUCCUCGCGCCCCUCGUCCUCUGCGGGGCUGCCUCGCUGGCGGUCCAUGGGCCUGGCUGCGGGGGCGCCCCGAUGGGCUUUCCCGAGUACGUCGAGAAGUACGGCCGCUCCUACGAGGCCGGAACGGAGGAGUACCGCAAGCGCCGGGCCAUCUUCGAGCAGCGCGCCGCGGCGAUCGCGAGGCACAACUGCGAGCCCGUCGGGCCGUGGACGGCCGCCGUCAACCACCUCACCGACUGGACCGCGGCAGAGCUGGCCACGCUGCGCGGCCACAGGUCGGCGCGUCGCCAGGGCGGGGGACUGGCGAGCGGCCUGCCCUUCUUCCUGGAGAAGCGCAAGCGCCACAAGAAGCGCGGCGACGACCUUCCAAAGGACUUCUCGUGGGGCACCUUGUCCGCGAUCACCGCCAACAGCUCCGACCAGGGAGCUUGUGGCAGCUGCUGGGCCCACGCCGCCAGAGUGACGAUGCAGGCCAGGGCGGAGAUCAAGGGGCUCGUCAACAUCGAGUGGUCCACGAACCAACUCACCUCGUGUACCCCUAACCCGAAAAAAUGCGGUGGAUCAGGCGGCUGCGAUGGUGCCACCGCCGAGCUUGCCUACGAGUACGUCCUCAACUCGGGGCUUCUCCUGGACAGGGAGUACCGCGAGAAGGCAGGUGACGACCAGCAUGCGAAGUGCCCCACGGAUUUGGAGGCGAAGUCGGAAGUGGCCACCGACGGCGUCCUGUCAGUCGACGGCGCCGAGGUGCACCGCGUGGGCAAAAACCACAAGCACUUGAUCGGUGCGAAGCUGGGGUUGACGGGGUGGACCAAGCUUCCCGAGAACAAGGAGGAGCCGCUUGUGCGGGAAUUGUACCAGAACGGGCCAGUGUACGUCGCGGUCGCCGCUGGUGAUCACUGGUUCGACUACAAAAGCGGCGUCAUGACCGAGGAUGGGUGCGACAGGGACCAGAUCGUCAACCACGCCAUUGUGCUAUUCGCGUGGGGCGUCAAGGAGAAGACCGUCCGCGGGCCGGUGAAGUAUUGGCAGAUCAAGAACUCCUGGGGGCUGAAUUGGGGGGAGCACGGCACUGGCAGGAUCAUCCGGUCGGACUCCGAGGAGACGAGGUGCGGCUGGGACGAGGACCCCCAGUCCGGCUCGGGCUGCGACGGCGGCCCAGAGAGGGUGUGGGUGUGCGGAACGUGUGGCAUCCUCUUCGACGCCGUCGCCCCUCACUUCUGA